UUUUGCUCCGUAGAUACAACAAUACCUACAACGACUAAACAGUUACUUCUAAUUACGAUCUUGGAUUUGAUUUUUGCUGUACCAAAAUCUUCGGUGCUCGGUACAAAUUGUCUCUACCGAAAGACUCCGGACGAUGGAGCUGAACGAAUGCGCCCACUUGGUGGUGGCGGAAAAGCUCCCACCACCAGAGCAGCAAAGCAUACAUAACGGAGUACUCCUCAAACCAAACACAAAUACUAACCAACCCGCCUGCAUAAGCCCUGCUGAUCUGAUACCAAUGACUGCUGAUUUCUCCUGCAGCUGCAUCCAAGAUCAACAGCCCGAGCUACGGGUUAUUGGCUCGAUUAUUUGCGUUCGCUGCGACGCCCGGGUGCCAUCUGAUCUCUCUUAUGCAGAAUCAGAAUCAGUACAUUUGGAGAGGCUACCGAGCGAAGGUUGAGCUGAAUCCGUAUUCCAGAUCCGUUUUCGAGUGGUCUCGGCUAUCUGUGAACCGCCCAAAACUGGGCCCCUUGUCUGGAACUGAAAAAGUUCAAUGGUCCAAACAAGAAUCAAGGCUGCAGCGAAAGAAGUGCCAUCCGUGGUUCUCGUUGCAAUCCAAAUUCCGGCCGGCUGGAGCUGCUAACAAAAAGAAAGGACUGACAACGAUAAUCGGAGUAAUAUGAUGAAACUGGGCACGUCCACUGCGAGAGUACCCUGCUUCAUCCCUUACCCAAGUUCACGGGUCACCCACUCAAGUUCUGACGCCCGAAUCCACAGGCCAGCCCACAUAGAGCCCUGUCCGGACAUGCCGACAACCCACGGAAGAACCGCGGCAGAUGCUGAUGAGCUUCCUAGAUGGGUCAUUGCAAGUCUCCUGAUGACACAAGGCAGAAAAAUUGCCUUUUUGACGGAAUCCGUCCGUUAGACUAAGGGGCGGGAGAAGGAAGCAGUUGUUGAUCAAGAAAAGUCAAAACAGAUAUUAACAUAUUGAUUUAUUAAUCUGAAGGAAAUCUUUCUUUUUCUUUUCCCCCCUCCCCUUAGGGAG